UGGGAGGAGCAGCUCUAUACCCGGCGCUGUGUCUGUGUGUAUCAUUCCGUGUAACAAGUGACCUAAUGCUGAAUAACAAUGUCUCACCGAGUCAAGUAAAGCCAGCGGCGGAUCCAGGCUGUAGCCUGAAACUCUUCUGUCAGCACGGAGCGAUUAGCUUUAUAGCAAAGCGUUGAUAGAAUCUGUGGGUUUAUCUAUAAACCUGACUGACUGGCUGGCUGGCUGGCACCAAGUAUGAGACGCUGGGAUUUAAUGAAGUGUUGACACCAGGACAGACUGUGAGUGUCCCAUACCCCAGCCUAAUAUGAGUGGAGCCACAUCAGAUAUGGGGGAUGAAACCAGGCAUCUCUUGGACCCUGAUUCGGAAAGAUGUCUGCAGCUAAGGAAGUUGGUGGAGUUUAAAGUUUACAAGAGAAGAUGGUUUUUCCUUGGGGUGGUGUGCCUUCUAAACUGCUCAAAUGCCAUGUUAUGGAUCAGCUUUGCACCGGUGGCCAAUUUUACAGCAAGCUUCUUCAAAACCACCCUGGACACCAUUAACUGGCUUGCUAUUGUAUAUGUUAUUAUAGCAAUACCAUUUGGCUUUGGAGCAUCAUGGCUUCUGGACACGUUGGGGUUAAAAUCUGCUGUUAUCCUGAGUUCUUGGCUCAAUAUGGUUGGAAGUUUAAUACGAUCUGCCAGUGUUAUCUACUUCCUCAAUACGCGUUCUAGUAAUCUCAUUUACUUAUUCAUAGGACAGUGUCUGUGUGCUGUAGCUCAGCCACUAGUUAUAUGUGUUCCAGCUAAGCUAGCAGCUGUAUGGUUCCCCGAGCAUCAAAGAGCAACAGCCAAUAUGCUUGCUGCAAUGUCAAAUCCAAUUGGCAUACUUUUAGCUAACUUAAUAUCACCGGCUAUUGUAACUGAGGAAACGUACAUUCCAGUUUUGUUUGGAAUAUAUGGCAUCCCUGCAGUAUUAGCGUGUGUCAUGGCAACUGCUGGAAUUUCAGAGAAAGAGCCUCCAACCCCACCCUCUGCAAGUGCAGUCAAUUUGGUGCCUGAGCCUUUUUUUUCUGGUUUAAAACAGCUAAUGACAAAUAAGGCUUACAUCAUCCUUAUGUUGAGCUUUGGAUCAGGUGUUGGUCUUUUCACAGCAUUUUCUUCAUUUCUGGAGCAGAUUUUGUGUUACAAGGGAUAUUCAAAUUUUUUUGCAGGUUUGUGUGGGGCCCUCUUUAUCUUCUUUGGUUUUGUUGGGGCUUUGCUAUGUGGAUUAUAUGUUGACCGAACAAAGAAGUUCACAGAAGUUGUCAAGAUAUGUUUCUGUCUUAGUUCACUAGCGAGUAUUGCUUUUGCAGUGGUAUCAAGCUUGCGGGAUCAGGCUGUUUGGCUGGGAAUUAUAUCUUUGUUAUUUGGAUUUUUUGGGUUUGCAGCAUACCCGAUAGCUAUGGAAUUAGCUGUUGAAUGUUCCCAUCCAGUUGGAGAAGGAACUUCCACUGGAUUAUCUUUCAUCUCAGGUCAGAUCCAGAGCUUGAUCUACAUGCUGCUCUUACAAAGUCUCACCAGAACAGUUGCUGCCUCUUCAUUAUCUUCAUGUGGUGAGGGCCAGAUUGAGAUAUCUGACUGGUCAGUUUCCACAUUGGUUAUGGCUGGCUUGGGCAGCUUGGGAUCUUGUGUCUUUGUCAUCUUCUUUCAUACGGACUACAAACGAUUACAAUUGGAAGGAAAGUCUACGGAUAAUGAAGAAAUCCCUGGUGUAGCAAGUUCUUAAUGUCUGUUUAUAGAGUCAUGUUUUUAUGCAAUACUGCUUUUUACUAGGCCAGUUACAAAGUGUCAUAUUAUGGGAUGAUGUGUAAUAUAUUUUUUAAAUCAUUUACAUUAGGCAUAUGUGCAAUUAUUAUCUAGACCUUUAUUUCUAACCAGUCUGCAAGGAUUUCUGGCUACACAGCAAAUAUGCAUUUUUCUAACACCCAAAAACACUCUUCAUGCCUCCUUGAGUAAUUCCAUACAUGUAUGUUCCCCAUAACAUGUAUAAGGAGUUAGCUUUUGUUACCUUUUUUGCACUAGUGAAGAGGCUGGUAGCAGUAGCUGGUAAUCGGAAGUAACAUGGUCGGAAACCAGUUGCGAAGUUCAAGCUUUCAUUUAAAUGGCUUCGUCAAUAAGCAAAACUGUCUUUUCUCGGGUACAGAAAAUGCACGGAUAUUUCAUCAGCACCAAUUGCACCCUUUCAAAUGCACCUUCUGGAGGUGAGUGGCCUUGCAGGAAGUUACCAGCAGAAAUUCGAGCACUAGAGCAGCAAACAUUAACUAAGGUUAUGAACAAUGCAAUUGAAAGAGCCUGACUUUGCUAUGCAGCAAAAAUGGAGCUCAUUUAAAAGAUGUCAUCUUCUGUACAUAGUCAAACAAAUCUCUAUACAUUAAGCAUUCAUUGUAUGCAAUAUCAUUGAACUUGGUUAAUUAAUAAAAAUAAAUAAAACAAUUAUUGACUCUUCAACCUUACCCUAAAUUUUCGCCCACCCUGUAGAAACAAGAUUGUAAUAAAGUCCUUAUAGACUCCUGGUUUCCUGGGAGCAUUUAUAUCGUUGUACGUCUCAUCCCAAUGCAGUAAUGUUGUUUGAGAAGUACAAAGAUCACGUGAGUAGCUAAAAAUCAUCUUAGAUAAUAUAUAUUUUUAAAAUUGUACACAAUGCUGUACCUUGAGUAAAUUUGCACUUGUGUAAUAAUUAUUAUUAAUAGGCAGCUAAACCAGCUUUAAAUACGUAUAAAAAAAUGAUUUACCUGGUUAUGUAUUUAAUUAUUUCAGAUAGAGGCUUAAACUCUAAAGGGACUAAAUAAGAGAAGCCCCAAAUUUGAGGUUUCUACACCUAAAUGAUUAUUUCAUAUCUUCCCUAUUUCCUCAUCUACCAGCAGUUGCUCAGCAUAUUAAUACUUUUGUUUAUGUACGUAUCAUUUUCUGUUGUGGCAGGGUCAAGGGUUUCACUUCUUUGUUGGUAGGUAUUCAGUAGUGGCCUGUGUACGAGUCAAUGGAGUUCUCUCUAGACUGGUUAUAAUCGGGAAUGGUACUCUGCAGGGAUUUCUUCUCUCCCUGCUCCUUUUGAUUCUCUCUCUAGAUAGGUGCAGUUAAUGCUAGAGAUUGCGUAUCUGGCUUUCCCGGGCAGUGGAGUAAUGCGCCUUAUGUGGCUGCCCUGUUUGGAGUAUAUGCACAAAACGCACAACUUAGGGAGGUGAUCCCCAGAGAGUUCAGUGAUGGCCCUGGCACCUUUUCUCUUUAUCUAAAGACGUGCUCUUCCACUGUAACCCACCUCCAUACGGUUUAUAGUGUCUGCCCUCUGACCUUUAAACCCCA